AUGAACCCACGCGCACUUCGAGGCCUCCCGAAGCGCACCCUCACCGUAGCCGCGAACGAGAAGCAAUCGUACCCGUGGCCAAACCCGCUAGCCCCACCGAAGGGCGUAGACGAGGACCCCCACCGCAAACGCACAAGAGACGUCGAGCCCUCGACGGCCACCCCCACCACCCGCGUCGCAUACACGGACGCCGUGUAUGACCGGCUCUACAUCCCACUCGACAAGCUGAUCGCCAACGUCUGCGACGAGCAAGCGAAGGUGAUCAAGGAGGCCCCGGACGAGUUCCUCGCUGUCCUGCUCUAUGGAGGGGGCGCCAGCCUCUUCAGGGAACAACCCCGAAUCAACCGCGACGUCCUCUCCUUCAUGAAGACCCUACGUUUCGAGGACGAGGCUCCGGACGCGGACAUGGAUGACGAGACCCUCGCCGCCAUCAUCGAGACGGGGACCCCUGAGCAAGUAGAGGCGGCACUACGUGCCCAAGACGACAAGAACCCCGACACCAAGGGGCUGAAAGUCGUCAUGCCCAUCAAGAAUGGACCGGGCAACGCGAGAGACCGCUACAGCAAGCCCUGGGCGAUGUUCCUCACAGGGGGGUCGCCGAGGCUCCGCGAGUUCCUCCUCUACCAGCAGACGUUCGCUAUCAGCGAGAAGCUCGCGUUCAGCGUCACCAAAAUCGAGGCGACACCGCCUUCCUGGGUCAUCUGCAAUUUUGCAGGUGACUGCGUGGAUCAGGACAACGAGGACGCGAUCCUCAAACGGAUCAAGACCACGCUCUGGUCCCACGACGACUUCCGGAAGCAUGUCGACCGCAUACUCACCAAAGCGGGCGCCCCCGGGACCGUGAACGACCACGUUGUCCAUGCUACGGACACCUUCACGAUCACGUUCUUCGCCAACACCGAUGAACUCGGACACCCUGCCACGGUGUGGGGCAGGCCCACAUGGGAACAGCGCGACAUCCAUUGGCGGAAGGACGACUCGGCGGAAGGACAACCAAUAUAA